AUGGGACCGGAUCAACUCGGUGCUGCACAUUUCCAUACCGCAUCGAAACCAUUAAAAGAAAUUGAUAUACGUCUUCCGGAAAAUCUUGUUAAGGGAGCUGUGAAAUUGGAUCCACAUUUAAAGAGAUAUCUAGGCGAUGAAUUUCCUACAGAAUGCAAUACAAACGUUACUUGGGCAUAUUUAACUUUUGACAAACAGAAUGAAGUUUUAACGGAUUUAAUUACACGUUUGAGUAUCGAAUUGAAGCUACCACAAUCGGAGAGGAAUACAUAUGCAUUGAAAUUUGAAGAUUAUGGUAAUGAUGGUGUUUUUCUAACUAAGGAAAAUCGUAGUUUGGUACCCCAAGGAUUCAUUCUUAUUUUAACCGCAUCUCCGGAACGUUAUGCGCAUUAUUUCUUAUCACGUUUGCAUAAUCCUGCAAUUCAUACUGGAGAUUUACGAGUAACGCUUAAUGAACUGAUGGCUUUAUGCGGUGAUGUUUCAUUUGCAACACAAUUUUUGCGUAUAGGUGGAUAUGAUUAUAUAUUUGAAGUUAUCGAAAAAGGAUUAUGUGCUGACAGCGUUUCCUCUCAAUCACGUUUUCUCCAAGCAUUGCUAAUAUUGAUGGAUCAUCCUGGUUUAAUGUAUUGGUCACAGGUUUCGGAUGAAUUUGUUUCUAAAAUAGCAGAAAAUAUUACGGGCAGAGCCAAACAAGAAGAUAAUACCUUAUUAGUUUCAUCGCUCAAUAUUAUCGAUCUUAUUUUAAAUGCUAAAAAUGAUGAGAAAAUGAAUCUGGUAUUGCGAGAGGUACCUUUUGAAUCACUUAUACGUCAUCUUGAAAAAUCAGACGAACGAGUCAUUUUGAAUGUUUUGACGUUGAUGAAUUCUUUAUACAGUAAGGCCAGAGACCAUGUAAAAAAUGAUAUUGUGGAGAAUCUUCAUGUAACACCGUUUCGUUGUGCAAUUGAAAAAUCAGUGCUAAGGAAAGGAAAGCAAUUGGAUGUUGGAAUUGAGCAGCAACUUGUUAUAGUACAACGAAUACAAUUGAAUAAACUAUCUCAAAAAGCUAUGCGUAUUCCUACAGAAGCGGAAAUUGAACGAGUUUUUCAACUAAAACUUUUGAACGGUGAAAGCAGUAAAGGAAUGCAUGUUAUGUCAGAAGAAAAGCGUGCAGAAUUUUUAAAUUUUACGGAAGCAGUCAUACAAACACCACCAGGAUCAUUAGCAUUGGAAACAAUUCUUCUCUUUGUAACUCAUUAUGCUGAUUCAAUUACAAAAAUAUCGGUGGAAAAUUCAAUGAGAUCUGAUAACAAUCUAUGGUCCCUACUGUUGGUAUCGGUUCAUUUGGUGCAAAUGUUGAUUGAUAUUCUUCAUGUUAUCAAUGAACCUGAAGAAGGUGAUCGAUUGAUGGUCUUAUUGUUCAAGAGUGAUCGACCAUUUUUGGAUCUUUUUGCAGUGCUUGUAAAACUUUUUCAUCGUACAUGGCGUGAAAUGCAUGCAAGUGAAGAAGACAUUAAAAAGGUUUUAGCAGUUGUUAGGAAGCAAAUUGAUGUUUGUUUACUGGAAAAACCAGACACAAUUGAAAAGUUGGAGGAGCUGUUAGCAGCUCAUUCGUAUCCGCAUAUGAAGAAAAUUUGGGAAAAAGAACGAAGUGCUAAAGAAGCAGAAGAAUUACAAAGUGAUGCUGUCAAAGAAUUACGCGAAUAUCUUCGACCAAGUAUUGUUGAAUUAGUGCUGAAAAAUCGUAAGUGCGUUUUAAAAAGUGGCUAUAAAUUUGGGAAGCUAGUAAAAAGCAAAUCGAUGCAGAAAGGGCAACAAUUCUGGUUUUGGAAAUUGGAUGCCAACGAGAAGAUGCUAAUUUGUACAGAUUGCUCAAACACAGAAUCCUCAUCAAAUGCAAACUCUUCUGGAAAUAUCAAAAUUGAUAUAGCUGAUAUACAAAGUGUAGUGGCCGGUGGUGAAGGUGAUUUUCCAAAGAGCAGUACAAAGGGAAAGAAAAAUUCAAAUGUACGCGGUAUAACGCUUGAAGUUGGUGAUAAGCCUGAUCUUUAUCAUUUGUUAACUUUUGAUGAACAAACGAUAAAUGCUUGGUGUGAUGGUAUCAAUGCUCUGAUUGGUGUCAAUAAACUGUCAAUUCAAGCUCAACGACAAGUGGAUCGCUUUUUAAAUAUUGAACUAAAAAUGCGAUUGCUUGAACUGGAUCAUAUUCCAAAUUCAAUCGAAAUACCACCUCUACCAAAAAAUUUUGAUUGGAUUCCAAAAGAUAUUGCUGACACUAAGAUUUCUGUAACAAAAGUAUAA